UCGAGAAAGAUCGUGCGAUCGAGAGAUGUCGGGCACAUCACGAGGUACCCCGUCGAGCACCGUGACCUCCUCACCGAUUGUCGCUGCCGCGGUGGCCGCAGCAGCCGCGGCCAUCUCCCCUCGCGGUAAUACGGCCAAACGCAGCCCCAGUGCUUCCAACCAUCAUCACCAUCAUCACCAGAUGCUGCAUCUCACAACGACCCAGGAUGUGAUUCAACAGGGAAAAUGUCUCUGCGGUGAGUACAUCCGUGCUCGGUUGAAGCGUUCCGGGCUGCUAAAUCGUAAAAUCCUGCAGCGGCUGCGCAACUCGAUCGUGCCGGAUGGAGCGAGCGCUGGAAUCGGUAGUGGUGGCAGUGGAAUGAUGUUGAUCGCUGGUGGCGGUGGUGCCGUCGUUCGGGAGGCAUUUCCCAUCCUACACGGUAUGGGGAUUGAGUUGGAGAGGAUGCAUCCCCGGUUGUACACGAACGUGAGCCGCCAGAUCUCGAACGAACCAUGGGGUGAGCUAACGGAACCGGAUACGGUCGGUUAUCUGCUUCAUAUCGUCGCAAAGGAUCUGUUCAAGACGGGUGUAACGUGGGGUAAAGUGAUCUCCCUCUUUGCCAUUGCCGGCGGACUGGCCGUUGAUUGUGUGCGGCAGGAUCAUACGGAUUAUCUGCAGCAACUGAUCGAGGGUACAACCGAUGUGAUCGAGGAGGAUCUGGCCAGCUGGCUAGUGGAGCGUGGCGGUUGGCUUGGCCUACAGGAUCACGUGUAUCCGCAACCGGCCGAGAUUACGCUGACCGGUUGGCUCACGAUCACGAUCAUUACGCUCGCCCUCCUCUAUCUGGUGUCCCUGUUUCUCAAGCUUAUCGGCAGCAACUAUCUCAACAGUGAACCGACUGUCGCUGCUGCUGCUGCUGCCACCGGAGCCGCCAGCACCCUCGGUUCCAGCUAGCACUACCAGCGAGGAUCACCAAGAGGGAGACGCAUGCAAUAGUUGAAAUUGGCGCGGGUAGGGGACGUUGUUUAGCUUAAACGUUAGUUUGUUAUUGUUUCUAUUUAACACGCGGCAUCGCAUGGGAGUUCGUUGAUUAAUGGGAGAGGGAGGCUCGGUAUGGAAUCGGCGUUUGUUUACUCUCGCGAUCAGCAACCAGUGGUGGCGGAGGGAGCAAAGAAGGAGGUGCAAGUGGCGACAAGUGGCAAAAUAAAUCACGAAACGUUGAUGGCCGCCCAUGCCUGGGAUGUUAUAUUUAUACCGGUUACAAAUAUGGGCCUAGAGAACAUUCCAUUCGAUCCGAUCCGAACGCACCGGAAAGUAAUGCUGGAUUGAGAGUAGUGUGUGUAAAUAGUUAAUGGGAUUUAUUUAUUCGUUAUCAAAAUACAAUAAUAACCAAAUGAA